AGCAGGAGAAGGAGAUGAAGAGGAUUUGGUUUGAGACGAGGAAAAUGCCAAGCCUGAUUGAGGAGAAUGUGAGAGAUGUGACCAACCGUCCACUCACUGAGUUCAUGGCUCCCUGUAUUGACUCCCUCCCACCACUGGCUUUCACCAAUCGGAGGCCUAUACCAACCAUGUUACAUCCCCCCUCUCCAUUGGCCAUACGCACUCAGGAUGCACAGCGGUUCAUUGUAUUUUCCUACUUUGUCCCUGCUGAGUGCCCAGUUUCCACAGAGGCCACUGCAGAUGUAUCUGCUGGUAAAAGAGAGGACUUGUCGACAGAUACACAUCUAUCCUCAAUGCUGCAUCGAUACCUGCCACACUUCUUUAACAAUGACUCCAUUCCACCACAGCAGACAGUAGAGGGAACCACUGAGGUCUCAGUUGCUACAGUGGCAAUAUCUAAUAUCAAGGAAGAGGACAGAUUCUAUCCGUUCUCCCUCCCACCACUGGCUCAGCGGCUCAUUGGCAAUUCAUUCAAUGUCCCGGAAACCUCCCAGCUUGCAGUUUCAGCCACUGAGUACCGAGUUGCCAAAGAGGCCACUACAGGUACAGCCACUGUCAAGAGAGAGAACCGAUGGGCAGCUAGAAUUCUUCCUUCAGUGCUGCCUCCAUGCCUGCCACCUGUCUUUGACAAUGACUACAAACUGCCAGGGGUGGCAGUAGAGGGAACCAACAAGUGUCCAGUUGCCAGUGAAGCAGCCGCUUCCGUGCCUACUGUCCUCCAAGAGGAGUUUUUGACUGAUAAUAGUCCUCCUGCACCCACAGCACUGUCUCUAAGGCUGCCCUGCACCCACAAUAUUGACCACAAACAGCCAGAGGAGAUCGUUGAGAACACCACAGAGUGCUCAGUUGACAUAGAGGCAUGUGCAGUUGCAUCCACUGUCAAGAGAGAGGAACUGAUGGGUGAUAAAAGCCCUGUCCAUGCACUUCCUCCAAGCCUGGCAUGCAUCCAUGACAAGGACCACAAGCAGCCAGAUCAGAAAGGGAGGGGCACUACUGAGGAGGUGGAUAUCUGCUCUCACACUCACCAGCUGGUCCCAGAUGCUAACUUAACUCUGCCAACCUGCAAUGAUGAGCUGCCCACCCCUCUGAUCUGCGUUGUCACUAAGACGCCUGUUAGAGUGGGAGCCUCCAUAUGCAGGACAGAGGAUGAGGAACCCAGGCCCCGGACCCUGGAAGAGGCAAAGGAUUAUUGGAUAGGCAUUGAAAAUGAGAGUGAAGAGAGAAGUGUCACUGAGGAGAAACAGGUUGGCACCAUUAUGCACCUUUUGACAAAGGAGGCUGUUCGUAAAAUCUGUAGACUAUUCCUAGAGGUCUCUGCAGCUUUACAAAAUGAAAAUGAGAAACUGAAGAUCAAGGUGGAGCAGAUGGAUAAAGAUCUGAAGGCGAUGGUUGAGAAGGAUGAGGGGCGAGAAGAACCGAAAAGACCAACCCAUAUUCUGCACAAUGGAACGAUCUUUAAAAUUAAGCCAGUUGAUCUCCCAAUGAUGCCUGUUAACAAUGUGAAGACAAACACCGUGGUUUCAGCAUUGCUCAGCAUGGGAGAUGUCAGUCAAGUAAACACUGUCAUCGUACGGGAAGAGACUACUGCGAGAAAUACAGGCUCUAUCACCGACCCUGUGAAGGAGAGGAGUGAGGUGAAAUCAGGAACUAAAACGUCAGUCAUUGAAGGUGCUGCAGAGGCUUACAGUAAACCGACAGAGACUUCUUCUCUUCUUCUCUCUGUGGGAGACUCACGUGGACUGAAUACAAAGCCCUCAUUUAGAGACACUGAAUCCAAGGGUGAACCUAUGAGAGCUGUUGUUCCAGAGGAAACAGGCAGCGGGAGAGGCAGUCAUGCAAGAGAAACAAGCAGCCGUACUGCUAAUGGCACAGAAUCCACAGAAAACAGCCACGGAAUACAGCAGAGCAUUUCCAAGCCGAGGAAACCCUUCAAGUGUGACAUAUGUGAGAAGACCUUCCACGCAAACUGUCUGUUGAAACGCCAUAUAGCAGUUCACAAUAAACCGAAAGGGCCCUUUAAGUGUGACAUUUGUGCGAAAACCUUCCGCCUGAACUGUAUGCUGACUCAGCACAUGCAAACUCACUCAAAAGAGAAACCUUUCAGUUGCAAAGUUUGCGGAAAGAAGUUCCGUAGUAAGACAAAUCUGAAAUCACAUGAGUUUGUUCAUGCAGAGGUGAAACCGUUCACCUGCCUCACUUGUGGACGAGGUUUCGCCUCAAAGUACAUGCUUGACGUACACCAGCGAGUUCACACAGGUGAGAAACCAUACAGCUGUACUACGUGUGGAAAGAAUUUCAGUAUAUCUCAAAACCUGAAAACGCAUAUUAGAUCUGUACAUACAGAACGUACAGAACGCCCACACCCAUGCUCCCAGUGUGACAAGACCUUCUGGCGUCCCGUCGAAUUGCAGGAGCACCAGGUAGUUCAUACAGGGGAGAAGCCCUUUAGAUGUGAAAUAUGUCAAGCUACUUUCAGCUUUAAGGAGAACCUUACGAGACACCAUCGAAUUCACACGAAGAAGAGGCCGCACACAUGUGAGGCGUGUGGAAAGACAUUCAUUCAGUCCACCAACUUAAAAGCUCACAUGCUAGUUCAUGGGGCAUUAAAACCAUUUAUGUGUGACGUUUGUGGAAAGACUUACCUUUACAAUUAUCAACUGAGAAUUCACAAGCUAUCACACGUGGCUGAUGGAGAGGGGCACUCAAGAACCAGAAAGAACAAGGCCAACCAACAAAAACAAACCGAUCAACCAAAACCCUUCAGCUGUGAGAUAUGUUUGAAGGGCUUCAGCUCCAUCGGUUCUCUGAAAACACAUGGAAGAAUUCACACAGGCGAAAACAUAUACACUUGUUCCACAUGCGGAAAGACUUUUCUCCAUAAAGUUACUUUUGACUAUCACCAGAAAUUACACACUGGAGAGAAGCCCAAUGCUUGUGGUUGUUGUGGAAAGAGAUUUAUUACAAAACAAUCUCUUAAGAUACAUGAGCUGAUCCAUACAGGUGAGAAACCACACAAGUGCAGUGAUUGUGGGAAGACUUUUGGAUUUAUCGGUAAUCUCAAAAGGCAUGAGCGAGUCCACACGGGAGAGAAGCCUUUCAGCUGCGAUGUCUGUGGGACACGAUUCAGACAAGCCAAUCAUGUCAAAACCCACAUGCAAGUGCACACAGGAGUCAGGCCAUACUCCUGCAAGAGAUGUGGAAAAGGCUUUUCUGAUUCAAGACACUUCAAAAAGCACAACUGUGUCAGUAGCUAACACAAAUCUUCUGAUCGCACUUUCUGAAGUAAGAAAUGAGGAUUACAUGCCAUGAUGCUACAAUCUCAAUAACUUGGUUAUCAAAUAACUUGAGUCAAAUGUGUAUGAGUCUGAAUACUGCAAGACAUUGGGUUUUGUUGUGUGGAUUUCCCAAAAGAUUCCAUAAUCUUGGCAUGUAAAUGAUUUCUUCACUGUGAUGAUCACAUCCCUAAUAUUAAUUGUCCAGUGAGACUUUUAUUCUAAUAGACAUGUCCAUAUACUAACUACACUUUUUGUUCUUGGAAAUAGCCUUAACUAUUAGGUUGGAUGGCCUUAUGGGAUUCUUCCGGUGCAGGGAAGGAUUAACAAAUACCAUUUAUGCAGGGUAGAAACUAGGAGGGUGAUGAUGACAACAACAAAAAACUGCAGUCAUUUGUGAAAUAAACUUUACUGUUGAAACAAGAUAUUUCAAGGAUUUUACCAAAAUAAACCUGGAAUAAAGACAAUAUUACAA